AUGCGGUGUAUCCUCUUGUUCUGUUCUCUCAUCGGGCUCACUUUUGCCGUUUCUUGUUGGUCGGACAGUAGUGACAACGAGAAGCACACGAAAGAGAAAAAAGUGAUGGACUGUGGAAGCGAUUGCAAUUAUUGUGCAAAGGGUACCGGAAAAUUCAAAGCUGGGACGAUAAAUGGCAAAACGAGCGGUUCGCUUUGGUUGUGCGGUUGUGGAUUGGAAAUUAUAACUUUGACCGGGGUCGAGUGCAAGGACAAAGGCUCGCAGAGUGUUUCGAAUGCUUACGUCGACGAUUAUUUUAAAACUUGCGACAUUGAUUUGAAAUUAGCAAAAUUAACAAUGAACAUUUGGGCUCUGAUUUUUCGAUUGCAUGAGCCCGCCUGCUGCAUGUGCUUCUGCGGCUACAAAACCUACAACGGAAUGUCGAAUGUGGUGGCCAGUGCAAAGACGAGACGACUGCAGAGACAACUGUUCUACUCGCUUGUAACUUUGACAGCCAUCCCAUUGGCUUUCAUCUAUGGUCCACUGGUGCUGUGUUUUUUGGGGCCUAUCGUUGGCCUUGGAAUGGGUCGUUUCGGGAUCGUUUACCACUGGCUUUUGACCAUUCCGCCAUUCUUCGAGCCGAUCGUUUUAAUCUAUUUCAUUGGCGACUAUCGUCGAGCCGCUUUGGGGAUCCUUGGGAGACUUGACUGUUGCUCUCUCUUUCCGCAAAUUUGGAGAGGCGAGCUAUUCACUUCCUCAGCCUACAAGACGAGCACAGCGAACAACAGCACUCAACAGACAAGACCUUCAUCGGAGGUUAAUCGCUCCGAAAAUGAUCGAAACAACCUU